AUGACGGGUCUGAAAGGAGGUUCACUAGAGAUCAUAUUGAACCGUAGUGUUCGACGCCAUCCUUCAUUUUCCUUUACACUACUUAACCUUAAUUAUCCUACUGUGGGUCCAGACUCGUGCACUGUUGUAUGUCCCACGUGUCACCAAACCGUACAUACAGACGUCAAGGUCGUUUCAACUACCAAGACGCACCUGUCGGCCGUUCUCCUAGCCGCCUUUGGAUACUGCUUAUGCUGUUGCGUCCCGUACUAUGUGGACAGCUUGAGAGCUAAGCACCUCUACUGUCCUAAAUGUAAGGCUUUCAUAGCCGCUUACGAUAGACAGCUGCCCUGUGAAUCUAGUUAUAAUGUGCUUUGUUACCAAGAGACGAUCUGA